UCUGCUUUUAAAAGAACCCAAUCUCCAAGAGCCUUGUGUGUGUGAAAUUUUACCCCACCACAAAUCUAACUGAGUGUCUGAGUCUCCUUAUGGCUUGGAUUUUUCUCGCUGUUGCAUUGGUUGGUCUUGCUAUUCUCUUGAGAACGAGGCUGUAUAGAAGUCCGAACAAAUUGCCUCCUGGUCCUAGAGGGUUCCCUAUUUUUGGUUGCCUUCAUUUGCUAGGAAAGCUUCCUCAUAGAGAUCUUCGAAGUUUAUCUAAAAAAUAUGGGUCCAUUAUGUACAUGAGACUCGGCCUUGUACCCACUGUCAUCGUCUCUUCUCCUCAAGCAGCUGAGCUCUUUCUCAAAACCCAUGAUACUGUUUUUGCAAGUCGCCCAUUUGUUCAGGCUUCCAAGUACAUGUCAUACGGUCAAAAGAACUUGGGGUUUGCUCAGUAUGGCCCUUAUUGGCGAAAUAUGCGUAAAAUGUGCACACUCGAAUUGCUGAGCAGUGUGAAAGUUAAAUCUUUCAGAUCAAUGAGAAUGGAAGAGCUUGGUUUGUUGGUUGACUAUCUUCGAGAUGCUGCAAAAAAACGUGUUAUUGUAAAUCUUAGCUCCAAAAUCUGUUCUCUCAACACAGAUAUGACCUGUUUGAUGGUGUUUGGAAAGAAAUAUGAAGACCAAGAGUUUGAUGAGAGGGGUUUCAAGUCUGUGAUACAAGAGGCUAUGCAGUUAGUGGCUAGUCCUAACUUGGGAGAUUUUAUUCCUCAAAUUGCAGGACUUGAUCUUCAAGGGUUGGACCGUCGCUCAAAAGCUAUUAGUAAGAUAUUUGAUGGGUUCUUAGAGAGGAUUAUUGAUGAACAUCUUGAAUCCAAGAAUGAGAAUAAGACGAUGGAUUUUGUGGAUGUCAUGUUGGAAAUCAUGGGUUCCCAAGAAACCGAGUAUCAGAUUGAACGGUCUAACAUCAAAGCUUUAAUCCUUGAUAUGCUAGUGGCCGCAAUGGACACUUCCGCCACCACUAUCAGAUGGGCAAUACCUGAGCUCAUCAAACAUCCACAUGUGAUGAAGAAAAUGCAAGACGAAUUAGAAAAAGUGGUGGGUUUGGAUAGAAAGGUGGAAGAAACUGAUUUGGAUCACUUGGAAUAUUUGGACAUGGUCGUUAAGGAAAUUCUCAGGCUACAUCCACCAGCUCCAUUAUUAGUUCCACAUGAGGCUCUUGAAGAUUGCAUUGUUGAUGGUUUCUAUAUACCUAAGAAGUCACGUAUAAUAGUAAAUGGAUGGGCAAUUGGAAGAGACCCAAACUUCUGGAUUGACCCAGAAAAGUUCUUUCCUGAAAGGUUUAUCGGUAGUCAAGUGGAUGUGAGAGGGAGAGAUUUUCAAUUGAUUCCCUUUGGAUCCGGUCGAAGAGGUUGUCCUGGAAUGCAAAUGGGUCUAACAGUAGUUCGUCUAGUGAUAGCACAGCUUGUCCACUGUUUUGAUUGGGAGCUUCCAAAUGGCACGUUACCUGUUAAAUUGGAUAUGACAGAAGAAUUUGGAUUAACUUGUCCCAGAGCUCAAGAUCUAAUGGUUACUCCUAUUUAUCGCCUUCACAACUAAACAAGUUGGACAAUCACACAUAAUUUUCAAAUAACUAAAGAGUUUGAUAUGUUACCAUACUUUAUACGUGAAAUCGAGUCAAAGAUAUGUAUAUCCUUUGGAUUGUCGAAUAAAGUCGCCUUCACAAUUAA